UAUUGUAACUGAAUCGUCAACAUCCUACUCAUAGUUUUCCAAAGGAUAGCAGGCCACUAAGAGGUUACGCCCGCUCUUCAGCCCUGAGCUACCAGAGCUUGAACAAAAUCAAGAUGGUUCUACUUAAAUCUUGCUGCUUUUGGAAAUCUUUGAAAAAAGGAUGUAUUGCCAGUGGAAGCUACACUCUGAUUUUUUACACCAUAGUUCUGAUUGCUAGUGUCUUCAAUUUGGAUGCAGUGAUUGAAGUUCCAGUUCUUCUUACGUUUUCCAUUGUUAUGGUAGUUUCAUCUGGAAUUUGCGUUCUAUCCUGUAUGCUUCUUUUCGUUGGUCUUUGUGUCGAUAAUAGAAUUUUCUUGCUGCCUUGGAUUGUCUCUGUUCCCGUAGCAACGCUCGUGGACUUAUUUGUGUCUCUCUAUCUUCUUGACGACGUGUCUUCUGAUCCUGGAGUGAUCAUCUUGUUUGCUGUUGACUUUAUUACUUUUAUACUUAAUGUAUACUGCCUGCUGUGCGUUAUUUCUAAGUUUCAAGAAUAUAGCGAAGAUCGCAGAAACCAUCCUUUGCAGAUUCCGCCAAGCGUUCGUUUCCAGCAGAAUCCUACAGGCAUACUUACAGUAACAAGAACACCAGCUCUUUCUUUAAAAACUACUCAAGCUACAGUGAUUUUGAAUACUAAGGGGAUAGUUACAUCCACUCCAACCUCUAGUACUGUCGUUCGUUCUCGUCAUUCUACUGAGUUAAGCUCCUUAUUCGGAGAUCCGAUUGUUCCAAAUAACAUUAAGAAGCAACCAUGUGAGAACCCCAGAACCGAGAACAUUCUUACCCUUCCUGAAGCCACUUCAUGCCCUUCUGAAAAUUUGGAUUUAAAUUCAUUUGCUGGAAAUAGUUAUCAAAGCAGGAUUAUCAAUGACAUCAGACCACAAGCAAUUCUACAACCAAAUACAGAUUUCGGUGAUCCAGUUGAUGCGGAUAAUGAACAGAAUCCUUUGUUAAGUCCCACAAAGCAGGAUUAUGCCUCCGAAAAACCAGAUACUGAAGAGAGGGAAGAGAUUUAAUCUUGAAUGAGGACGUUAAAGAUCCUUGAUCAGUAAUGCUUCCAUUUUCAACAUCAAUAUUAUAUUUUAAGUAACCAACAUUUUAUAUUAACAAAGACCCUCUUUGUUAAAGCAAAAAGGUUGAACAGUUUUCUAUGCUUUCAUUUGAAGGUAUUAUGAAAUUAAUUAGUUUAAGAAUUCGUCCAUUUGAUUUAUCUGAAGUCUGAGCGUAGGUUAGAGUUUCAAUUAUCUCAGAUACCAUCUUAUAUAUCUUAUUUAUGGGUAAACAUGUACCUUUUCUUUAUAAACAUAUUGAAUGAUGAAAAAGCUUAGCAAAGCUUUAAUUUUAUAAUAGUGACUGUUUGGUUUUGAGAGUAUAACAAACAUGUGAUAUAUUCCAUUAUUUCAUUAUCUUAAAAAUAAGAACCAUUUUAAUUGUUCUGACAGGAAUACAAACAAUCCAUUGUAAUGUACUGUCGUGUAUUCGUGUAAAUAUACUCAAGACUUCAGCUAACAUUACGGUAGAAAUAAUAAAAAAUGCUGAGAAAAGAUAUUCAGUAUUAAGGAAUAGUGACGAUUGGUAUUUCGCAAUCUAGCUGACAUCUUACGCGACACGUGCUAAACUGUUAAAUCAGAGUUACUACGAUUUUGGUAAAAAACAAAAAGGCCCUAAUUUUGACCUGCUGUCCAGCCGGGGGGCAAACUGUCGGCAACUUGACGCUUAUCUGGUUUCUUUUAACAGAAAUUAAUGUCACUUUCAUAACGCUGAAAAUGCGAAGCAUGAUUUACGGAAUACCAUGGUAUCGAUCCCAGGAUCUUUAGAUACACAAUUUGUUACGCUUAUCAGUAGGUGGGAAUAUGUAAAUAAAAUAUCAUUAAGAAUAAUGUUUACAAAUAAUGCAUGUUUUCAUAAGAAAUGUCACCAUAUGAGUAUAGCCAUCAGACGUUUCACGUUUUUAAUUGUAAAAGGUGACCAUCUGUAUGUUAUAUGAUGUUUAAACAAGUCAAUGUAUAAG